CGUGCAGGAAAACCGGCUGCUUCCUCAGAGACCGUCCCCGCACGCCCACACUUCCGGACUGGAUCCUCUGGAGGCAGCUGGGUCGGGAUGCGUCCGUCUCCCGGUGCUGCUUGAGAUGAGGAUAAGACGACGACGACGUCUUCCCGGUGAAGCGGCGAUGCCCGUGACGUUGCGUUAGAUGUGCCCGUUACAACCCGAGCAGAACUGAUCAGACCGCGACGCUUGUUCGCUCAACACUCAAGAGAGGGGGGAUUCAGGCUUUAGCCGUACUGUCUGUCUGCUGUCAACUGUUGCUUAUUUCCACUGUAAAUGAAUCUUGUAAGGUUUAUGAACAACCGUGUUCCUCCUAACAAGAGAUACCAGCCCACAGAAUAUGAGCAUGCUGCCAACUGUGCCACGCAUGCGUUAUGGAUAAUCCCCAGCCUGCUGGGCAGCUCGUUGUUGCACUUCCAGUCAGAGGACCAAUGGGAGCGGUUGUCGGCCUGGGUGUACGGGGCGGGGCUCAGCUCGCUCUUCAUCAUCUCCACCCUGUUUCACACUGUGGCCUGGAAGAAGAGCCACUUACGGUCUGUGGAGCACUGUUUCCACAUGUGUGACAGGAUGGUGAUCUAUUUCUUCAUUGCUGCCUCCUACGCCCCUUGGCUGAACCUGCGGGAACUGGGUCCCUGGGCGUGCCACAUGCGCUGGCUGGUGUGGGUCAUGGCCUCUUUUGGUACCACCUAUGUCUUCUUCUUCCAUGAGAGGUACAAGGUCAUGGAGUUAAUCUGCUACACGGUGAUGGGAGUUUUUCCUGCCCUGGUCAUCCUCUCAAUGCCGGAGCAGUCGGGUCUGUGUGAGCUUCUGGUGGGCGGAGCCUGCUACUGUCUGGGGAUGGUCUUCUUCAAAAGUGAUGGCAUCGUCCCAUUCGCUCAUGCCAUUUGGCACCUCUUUGUUGCUAUGGGAGCAGCCAUACACUACUACGCCAUCUGGAAGUACCUCUAUGCCCAGCCACCCAAUCAGGUCCAGACCUCCAGAUGACAUCAGCGCUGACCUCACAGGGAGUAGCUCCUGUUUUUGAGCGACUUCAGUGAGAUGAUGUGAGCUGUGUUCAAAUUCAGGGGCUGCCUCAUUUGGAGGCUAGUUGGGUGACCAUGUACCUCUUCCCCAAAUGAUACAGUUCAACCUCACAGAUACCAAAACAAAUGCUGCAUUCAAGCGGUCCUCGUCAACUCAUCAAGUCAAAUAUUUUCAUUUUUAUCACCAGGAAACCGCCCUCACAGUGAUAAUACUUGGGCAUGUUUGAUGAUAGAUACCUGAAUUCUACUUUAACACAUGGUGGACAGCUGGGAAACAGUGUACCAGGUUAGUGAU